AUGGCCGACGUACUCCUUAUCGGCGACCUCAAGUUCGUCGACCCAGAGUGGUCCUCCCUCUCCUCCGAACCGGGCGUAUCAGCGCUCCGCGAAUAUCGCACAGGCAGUCGCGAUGAUUUCCUCAGCAAGCUGAGCUCAGGCACAUAUGACAACGUCGUCGCCCUCUACCGAUCCAAUGAGUCUACCAAGGUCACGGGGCCCUUUGACGGGGAGCUCAUCUCGAAGCUGCCCCCCUCGCUACGUUACAUCUGCCACAACGGCGCAGGAUACGACAACAUUGACGUGGCCGCCGCCACCCGACGCGGCAUCCAGAUCUCCAGCACUCCGCAGGCCGUCGACAAUGCCACGGCCGACACAGCCGUGCUCUGCAUGCUCGGUGCGCUGCGCCUCGCCAACGUCGGCAUGGACAUUCUCCGGCGGGGGCAAUGGGGGAAGGAGCCGCUGCCCACGGCACACGAUCCACAGGGCAAGGUGCUCGGCAUCCUGGGCAUGGGGAGCAUAGGACGUAACUUUGCCGCCAAGGCACGGGCUUUUGGGAUGAUAAUUCAGUAUCACAACCGCUCGCGGCUGGCCCCCGAUUUGGAGGAGGGAGCGCGAUACGUGGCGUUUGAGGAGCUGCUGCGGACGAGCGACGUGCUGAGCCUGAACCUGAACCUGAGCAAGGCCACGGAGCAUGUUAUCGGCAAGGACCAGCUGGCCAUGAUGAAGGAGGGCGUCACAAUUGUGAACACGGCGCGCGGCAAGCUGAUGGACGAGGCGGCGCUGGUGGAGGCUCUGAACGAUGGCGAUCGGAUAUGGAGCGUGGGGCUGGACGUCUUUGAGGAGGAGCCGAUGGUGCAUCCGGGGCUGAUUGACAAUCCGCGCGUGUUCUUGCUUCCGCAUAUCGGCACGUUGACAUUUGAGACGCGGCGCGCUAUGGAACUGCUUGUCAUCGACAAUAUCAAGUCCGCUCUGACGUCUGGGGAACUCAUCACCCGCGUCAAGGAGCAGGACAAUAUCGACGCUGCCAAAUGA